UGCAGAGCCCUUCUUGAGCUAGAAGCCAACUAGAAUUACAUCACGGGCUCAAGCGUGGAGCCGCGCAAAUAAAUGCAGCGGCAACCAGGUACCAGGGCAAUCCUAGGGGGGGAAAGGCACGAGGUGAGCGAGUUUGAGCGGCCAAAGUAAAAAAAAAAAAAAGAGGGCGUGAGCGGCUAGAAAGAAGCCAGUCCCGGACGAUGCACACGGAGCGACGCGGUGCCUUGCAAGGUUGCACAGGCUUGCUCGUCCGCUGGAGCCGACCUCGCGGAGUAUAAAAGCUGGCUGUAAGGCCGCCUUCUAAUUCAUAACCCAGCGCAGCUUAGGAGCGUGCCCGAUGGAGCAGUGGCCAAGCCACCUCGGAUAGUUCUCCUUUUGCUACGGAGAAGCAACUGAAGAGGCUUCUGCAAAAGAGCAUCACUUCCCCAGCCGCGCUUGGAGCUCGCCACGGAGAAAGAGGCUGCCCACCCACCCACCCCACCUUACUUCCCUUCGGCUGGGGUGGCUGGAGCAACCGACUGAGCGAUUUGCCUCCGGGACUUCGGGAGUACCAGAUCGCCUUUGCCUUUUUUUUCCCCCCCCCCCUCCCGUCCCCACGCCCACGAGUUUCCUCUUUUAAGGAGAAGUGCCUGAAAAGAGCGAGUCGGUGGUUUCCAUAGUGAUGGAACAGAAAGUGCAGGAAAUUUAAAGACGCUGGAUCUCCGCGCAGCAGACUAACUGGUGCCAACGUGCGUGGCGGCGGCGGCGGCUGUUGCAAACUGCAAAAGAGACGGGAGCCGAAUGGAAGUUUGCAGAGGUCUCUUCUGCUGAGCGCAAGCCCCCGAAAUCCGGAGCCAGAACAAUUGCAUGGGGCACCCCAGGCUUCUGAUUUUCUGCACGGGGCUGUGGACUUUCUCGAUCAGUAUUACUUACUUCUAAACGGUGCUGGUUUUUUUGUUUUUUUUUGCUGCUGUUGCCUACUCACCGGACCCGAGGAAAGGCGUUUGGGCAAGGAGGCUGCAGCCUCUGAAGGCAAGUGGCAGGGGAAGACCCUCCUCUCCUGCCCCUCCUUGCUUGGAUAACCUCACCUUCCCUUCUCCGGCCGAUGCCUCUGCUCAGGCCCGCUUCUGGGUGAACCCUGUCCCCUUUCCUUUUCCCCUCCAUCCAUCCCUCUCCCUCUCUCUCUCCGAGCAUGGAUCACCUUCAGUGGCUGGUGAGGCUUUACGCGUUGGCGGUUCUCCUAGGUUUCCGAUUGGAACAGGGCGCUUGCCAGCACUACCUCCACAUCCGACCGGCCCCCAGCGACAACUUGCCCCUGGUGGAUCUAAUCGAGCACCCGGACCCUAUCUUCGAUCCCAAGGAGAAGGACCUGAACGACACGUUGCUGAGGACCCUGCUGGGUACCCACUUCGACCCGAGCUUCAUGGCAGUCUCCUUGUCCGAGGAUCGUCUCGGCGGGGACGACCUAGCCCAGCUGGACCUGCUGCUGAGGCAGAGACCCUCCGGAGCGAUGCCCAGCGAGAUCAAAGGUCUGGAGUUUUACGACGGGGGUCUCCAGGCUAGCAAGAAGCACCGGCUGAGCAAGAAACUCCGUCGGAAGCUGCAGCUCUGGCUGUGGUCUCACACUUUCUGCCCGGUCCUCUACACGUGGAACGAUCUCGGCAGCCGCUUCUGGCCUCGCUACGUGAAGGUGGGCAGCUGUUUCAGCAAGCGCUCUUGCUCCGUCCCGGAAGGCAUGAUUUGCAAGCCGGCCAAAUCCGUGCAUCUGACCAUUUUGCGGUGGAGGUGCCAGCGCCGCGGGGGGCAGCGUUGCACGUGGAUCCCCAUCCAGUACCCGAUCAUUUCCGAGUGCAAAUGCUCCUGCUAAGGCGGGCGGGCGGGGAGGGGGGGAGAGCAGCGCGUGCCCUCCGCUCCGGUCACCGCCAACGUCCCGUAGAAAACAAGCAAGCCCAGUAUAACACCGCGCCUCUUUUUCUCACCGAACCAUCCCGGCCGCGAAGCCGGGUUUUGGUCGACUUCAAGACGCUACGAAGCGUAAAAGGAGGAUGGACGUUUGGCCUCCCCGGUUGAAAACGUUGCGCACCGGUCCGGGUUGCGUGCAAGACAGGCAACUUUUUGUUUUUGUGUUAAAGACGGGCGUGCGUGCGUCACCAAAGACCUGGGAGAGAAGAGUCCUUGCGCGCACCGGACCCCCCUGCCCUGCAGACCACCCAAACGCCUCCGAAAAGCAGGUCAGUGUUACACCGCGAACUCUUCUCGUCUGCUGUACUUUUAAAGAGAGUAGAUUCGCUCGGAUCAUCGCAAAUUGAAGUUUUCUCCACCCACCUCCCCGUCUUUAAUUUAUAUUCCAGGAAAAAAAAAAAAAGCGUUUGGAGGAUUUAUAAACAAACGCUCCUCAAACCUUUGGGGCUUUUUUUUUUUUUUUGCAAAUACUUUUUUUUAAAUAAAAAAGAACAGAGGACUUUUAACAUAAAACGGUUUUUUUUAUUAUAAAUGGAAAUAUUUUCCAUUCUUUAGGGAACAACGUUUUCGAGUGAUUUGCGUUGUGCAUUUCUUUUUUUUUUAACGGACUUCCGAGAUUAUGACUUUUAAAACGAGACGAUGACUAAAGGUUAAGACACGUUGUUACUGUUGUGUACAUAGCGGGUUUGGUGGUGUUGUUUCUUUUCCUUUGGACCGUCUUUUCAUCUUCUGUGCGUGGAAGAGAGUUUGCUAUUUAUUCUUUAUAUUCAUUCCCUUGUAGUCGAAAGUUCAGCUCAAAAUUAAAAUCAACCACUAAAAG